CACCCUGUAUAUGUAUGGGUAGUAUUCUAUGAUUCUAACCUAUAAGUUUAACCUAUUCUCUUUAUUUUCAAAAUAUACUUCUCCAAUUAAAAAAUGCGUCUUUUUGCAGUAUUAAGAAAAUGUGACUCCCUAGCAACCUUCGUAUGCAAGCCACCCCUUUCAUGGACAAGGCACUUUUCGUUGCCAGCGCCGCAGGAAUCCAUCUCACCGCUGCAAAUUAAGAAGCGCCCCGCGCGCAAAAAGCGCCCCCUCGACGAGAAACAGCCGGGCUCCUACAACGUAGUCGCGUACGCCACCGCCGAAGAGUACGAUCUGGAAAGUCUAGCCGCAGGUCUCAAAAUGCAAAACUUGUACGCGACGUCGAAAGUAGACAACAACGCACUACACGCCCUGGCCAAAUACCAGAUCGACGCGGAGCCCCGCGAGAUCUUCUUCUUUCGCGAGGGCAGCGUCGUACUGUGGAACGUAUCCGACUUGGAGAGCGGCAACGUCAUCGGCUUUCUCAAACCGUACGAGCAAAACGCGUACUCGGAGAAAUUGGUGCUGGGCGAAUGCGAGACGAUGAACUAUCACCACCAAGUCGAAGGAAAGCCGAGUGCGCUGGAGGAGAGUGGCGAUUUCAUCGUGCCGUUCGAGCGAAACCUGCUCGACAAGUACACGUUCUCGAACUCGCUCGCCUUGUCCGUCAAAUUGAGCAUAUGGGAGGCGAUGCUCGACGAGUACAUCGACUCCAUCGAGUACGUGACCGAGGACCUAAAAUCGGGGAAGAAAAUUAAAAUGUCACGCGAAGAGGUCCUCCGUAAGCACGGCGAGCUGUUCGCCUUACGCCACCUCAUCAAUCUCAGCUCCGAUCUGCUCGACACGCCCGACUUCUACUGGGAUCGAGACCAGUACGAAAGGCUCUACGUGCAGACCUGCGGUUAUUUCAACAUCAAUCGACGGACCAAGGUGAUGAACGAGAAGCUGAAUCACUGCAUCGAGCUCGUCGAGUUGCUGUCGUCGCACUUGAGCGACGAGCACCACACGCGCUUGGAAUGGAUGAUCAUUGUACUGAUCAUGGUGGAGGUCGGGUUCGAAACUCUACACUACAUAGAACGAUAUUUGUCGUAGUACUUUAAGCGUCUGUGUUUAUUAUACUUUCAAGAAACGUAUUUCCAUUGA